GCACGCUCGGUGAGCCACAGGUAGAGCUGCCAUCCCUGGCCCCUGGAGUCCCUGCAAGGGCCAAAGGGACAGAAAGGUAGAGGGACGCAAGGGUUGGCUCCAUGGUGCAGGUCACAGAACCAUCUGUGUUGGAAGGGAUGCAGAAGGAUCGUCGAGUCUAACACUUGCAGGGAGUGCUCCAUGCAGGGAAGAAGCGGCAUGGUCCUGCCCUUCAUGGGGAUGGGCACCAGGGCACAGCCAGCCGGGCUGGGGGCAGCGUGGCCGUGUGGGCACAGCCCGGGGCUGCAGACAGUGCCUGCUGCAGCUGAGGGCAGCCGGCAUCACCCAGAGCAGCUGUUGAACCUGCUGGUGUCCAGCAGCCUUUGGAAGGUUCUGGAAGGCUCCCUGCAGUUUUGGCAGUUGCCACAGCAGUUGCUGCUGCAGUUGAAGGCUGCGCUUCCAGCCUGCUGCCUGUGCUCUGGCUGUAAUGAAGCCUUUCCAAUUUGUUCAACUACCCCCUCACAAAGGCUCAUCUGUCUAAAUCUGUCUAAGGAGGUGGAUACCAGGGUUACAUCUGCUCUGGUGGGAGAGGAUCAGCAAAUGAGCAGCAAGGAAGAUUUCAACAGGCUAGAAAAUAGUGUCAUGACCUCUGCUGGCAGAGGAGAGUUCUCAACCGAUUUUAAGACACAAAGUAAUGAAAACCUGGCUGCAAAGCACUCACCGCAAAGUGGUUUCUCACUAAGUUAUGCUAACCAAGAAGACAAAGUACCCGCUUCUGAAAUCUCUGAUCCUCUUAAAGUUACUGAAGAACCUCAGGCACAGAUUUUAAAACCUGAUCUAGAGAUACCACAUCAAGCUAAAGUCACAUCAAUACCACUAUCUUUUUUCCCAUCUAAAUUUCAGCAAUUACUGUUAGCUGCAGCGAGAAGGGUCUCUGAAGCAAGGCAAUCUACAGAAACACAAUCUGUAAUUUACAUAUGGCCAGUAAUAAAGAUGCAAGAGAGUUCCAGAUCCUUCUGGCAAAAUUUUUCAAAGUCUUUAAUAUCAAGCAGCCCAGACUUAACAAGUCACUGUUCUAGUCCUGAUGUAACUGAAGAUGAGAAAUGUUCCCAGAUAAUCCCAGUGAAAGAAGUUGCACAAAAAGAGCCAGAUGGAAAGACAGCAAGAUUCUAUCCUCUUAUUGUAAAGUCAUCUAACAGUGCUGUUUCAGAAAUUUUAAAGUCACUCACCAGUAUCAAGAAUAAGGAGUAUAAGAAUAUGUUAGUACUUUCAUCUGUUAGUUCUAUUGCACAGCAACUGGAAAUUCCUCUCUUUAAGGGAAAUGCUCUAAUGAUCUAUAAUGGUCAAGUCUACCUUCUAUAUGUAAUGAGGCAUGAAGAUCUGGCAGCAGAAAUGAAGAUAUCUGGCCACCAUAUGUUGUUUAUGAAGACCAUUGUUUGGCUCAUUACAUGUCGUUCUGUCCGUAAACUAACAUUCCAAGUUUCACAUCCACUGCUGUUGAGAAAGGAUGCUGUGAAACAGAAUACAAAAUGUGUUCCAGCCUGUGCUACCCCCAUACCCCAAGAGAAAGCAUCAAAUGAAACACAUUUCUCUUCACAAAAGAUGAUUACAAUCUCUCAGCCCGAGAACUGCUCCCUUCUUGCAGGGAAAAGGCAACAGGUGGUAACCCAUCAGUUCCUCAGCAAGACUGUGUUCCCAUCCAAAGAAGACUUGCAAGAAAGAAAUUAUGAAGAAGAACACCAGGAUAAAGACAAGGAAAUAAUGAAGAAAUUUGGUCUUGUUAAAGGUGUAAGAGUUGUUCUCAACAGGCAAAGUGUCUCUGAGCUUAGGAAGUGGACUGCCAAACCUUCUUCAUGCAAAAAGAAAGAUUUUUUUUAGGGCCAUUAGGACAGAGAACUGAGGAAAGUGCCACACAUACUUAACUCUCUGUACAUAAUAUGGAGCAUACUUCACUUUGAAGUAUUUCUUAUACAGCAUUAGUAUAAUUCUCAAAUAUUUGUGCAUUUAAUCCCAUAACAUAAAACACUUUCUCCAAAAACUGCAGAUAAAAUGCCAGCUACUGCCGAAGUCUUUUCUAACUAUGCCUUCUCUUUGGCACUCCUACAGCUGCAACUAAAAGUAGAAAAAGUGCCUGCUGAUCUCUUACUGAUAGCAAUGUUUUGCAGGCUGUCUGUGCCAAUCUGUGUCUCAUAGGCAGAAACAGGAAGCUCUCCACACCUGUGCUGGGCUUUUUCUGGUUUGAGCGUUGCUAUUCAUUUCAAGUGAAGGUGCCAGAAGUGCAAGAUGCUUGUUUAUAGUCAUUGACCUGCUUUGGAGAAAGUCUUGCCCUAUGGCUUUGCUUAGAAGUAUUAUUUGGCAGUUUUGCCUGGUAUCAGAGCCUCUGGGAAUAGGUGUUUGCUUUCUCUAAUCCCUGACAUUUUCAAACUCACAGUUCAGAUUCACCUCUUGUUUCCAUUUUGUAUUUUUCUACAACAAAGCUCUUAAGAUUUCUUCAGCAGGUAAAUUGGGCAUGAAUUUCCAGAAUCCUGGAUCAUUUCAGUAUACCUGUGUUCAAAUUGUUACUCUGCAGAUUAAUUAGUGAUCAAUAAUAAAUCAGUAUUUCUCCUUAAUCUAUUUAUUAUCUCAUAUUCAGCACUAAAGUUCCAUUUCUGUCAAGUGGAUGUUAAGCCAUCAUCACUCAGCCUUUCCAAGAUCUUUGAGAAUGGUCUGUUUUUGUUGUCUCUGAAUGGGAGCAUCUUUGGUCUACCCUCAGCAUUCAUGAAAAUAUACUGUAUCUUCUUGUGAAAUAUUUUGAGGUUUGGUAGAGCAGAACUCUCCAAAGAAUAUAUUAAAAAAACACAGGUACAACUCCUGGAUUAGUUUUGGGUUGGUUUUUUUUUUUUUUCCCCUUUUUGCCAGGACUCAAAGGAAAGUAAGAAAAUUACUAUUGGCUGUCAUUUCUCCUAAAAUUUUCUUCCCAGUAAAUAUGCCAAGGCAGACCCUUAGAAUAAUCAAAUUUUUAUGGCAUUUCUCCAUCUAUAUAUGUUAUAAUUUCUCAACAUGUGUUCCAGAAAUCAGAUAAGAUCAAAUACUUAGCAAAAUAUUUUAUGUUUGGCUGUUUCACACAAAUGCUUCCACUCCCUGGACUGCUAUUGAGAAGUUUCAGCUACACCAGUGUUAUUAGUAGUUCUCUUUAACAUGAACUGUUAUUGUGACUGCUUUUCAGUAUUUUCUGCUGCCAUGUCUUUUCCUUUGCAGAUUACAUUCAUUUUGUUACAUUCUAUCAUUUCAUACGGACUGUGUUCUUUGCAUGUAGAACCAUUCAAAUAAUAAAAAGAUGCUACAUCUUCUUUAA